UUCGAUCCCAACCCAACCACGCUCCUUUUCCUCAGCCUGAAACCCACUCAUCUAAUGACACUGUUGAUCCCAUAAACGCCAUCAACUUGCCAUUUCAUAGCGACCCUCAGUUCAAGAGCUCCUCGGCGCGUGCGCCACCCCCAUCCAAGCACAACGCGUCCAAGUCAAGAUGGGGAAACUUAUUCGUCUUGAACUCUUCAAUUUCAAGUCCUACAAGGGUCAUCACACGCUCCUUUUCGGCGAUUCCUACUUUACUUCGAUUAUCGGUCCCAAUGGUUCCGGCAAGUCCAAUUCUAUGGACGCGAUUUCCUUCGUCCUGGGUAUCAAGUCGUCCCAUCUACGUUCCUCCCAUCUCAAAGACCUUGUCUAUCGUGGAAGAGUCUUGAAGACGUCAAAAAUCAACGACGAUGGAUCCGCGGCCGCGCCCACUACGAAUGGUCAUGCAAAUGGUGAUGGUGAGGGUUCAGACGAGGAAACACAAUCUCAGCGGCCUGGACGCAAUGAUCCGAAGAGCGCCUGGGUUAUGGCUGUCUACGAGGACGAUGCAGGUGAUGAGCAGAAAUGGAAGCGUACGAUCACGAACCAGGGCGCCAGUGAAUACCGUAUCAACGAUCGCGUAGUCACAGCGGCACAGUAUAACGAGGCUUUGGAGUCCGAGAACAUCCUCAUCAAGGCCCGCAACUUCCUGGUCUUCCAAGGAGACGUUGAAGCAAUCGCUUCACAAUCGCCAAAAGAUCUCACUCGGCUCAUCGAGCAAAUAUCUGGCAGCUUGGAAUACAAGGCAGAAUAUGAGAAACUUCAGGAGGAAGCAGAGCAGGCAGCCGAGAAUCAGAAUUACAACCUUCACCGCCGUCGAGGCAUCAAUUCGGAGAUCAAGCAAUACCAGGAACAGAAGAAGGAAGCCGAAGCAUUUCAGGCCAAAGCAGACCAACGAGACGAUGCAAUUGUUACCCAUAUCCUUUGGAAAUUGUACCACUUCCAGCGCGUGAUGGAAGAGUCUACUGCGAGUAUCCAAGAGCAUCAGGAGAACUUGAAGGAGUACAGACGAGGGGUGGAGAAGUACGAAAAGACUCUCGAAGAGGCCCGUCAAGCGCAGUCAAGAGUCGGCAAGGACGUUGCCAAAGUCGAGCGAAGCAUCAAGAAGGCCGAGAAGGAAGUCGAGAGCAAAGAGAAUAACUUGGUUCCCAUCGACGAGAAGGUCGACCUUACCAACCAGGAAAUUGAGAAGCUCCGUAGGAAAAUCGAAACCGUAAUCAAGGAGCGAGAUGGCCAAAACGCUGAUCUUCAAGGCACCAAGAAGCAACUAUCCACCGUUGAGAAAGCACAGAAGCAGUUCGAGAGUCAGUGGCAAGAGACACUGAAGAAACAAGGCAAGCAACUCAGUGAGGCUGAUUUCAAGGAGUACAACACACUCAGAUCUCAAGUCGUUGCUAAAACAUCUGACAAUCAAUCCAAACUGGACAAUCUCAGCCGCCAGAUGAAGACUGACGAAGUUACGGUCAAUAGCUUGAAAAGCAAAGUGGAUGCCCAUCAAGCUGCUGUCGAGAAGCUCGAGACCGAAUUUGGUUCCAUCAACGAGCGAAAGGAAGCUACCGAGCACUCCGUGAAAGACAUUUCCAAGGACAUCGAUGCAAAGAAGAAGGAAUUCAACCACAUUCAGUCCGAACGAGUUCGUAUCAACCAAAUACAUACGGAGAAGGAAGAGAAAUUACAAGCUCUUUUGCGAACUCUGGUUGAUGCCGAUGCUGGUCGGAGACAGAACGACAAGGAGAAGAGGACGAAGGAAACGAUUGUCGCGCUGAAGCGGUUAUAUCCUGGCGUUCGUGGCCGUGUUGGUGAUCUCUGUAAGCCCAAGCAGAAGAAGUUUGAUGAGGCUGUCAUCACUGCUCUUGGUCGAGACUUUGACUCUGUUAUUGUUGACACCGAGAAAACCGGGACUGAAUGCGUUCAAUACUUGAAGGACAACCGGUCCAGUCCAAUGACCUUCAUUCCUCUCGAUAAUAUCAAAGUCACGGCCCCUGACGCGAAUCUGAAAAGCCUACCAAAGGCGCGAUUGACUAUCGAUACCAUCGACUUUGAUUCUUCACUAGAACGAGCUAUGGCGUAUGCUUGUGGAAGCUCGAUUGUAUGCGAUGAUCUGGCAACCGCCAAGCAUAUCUGCUACGAUAAAAAAAUACAGGUCAAAGCCGUCACUCUAGAGGGUUUCGUCAUUCAUAAAGCCGGAUUGAUGACAGGUGGCCGUGGGCCCGAGAAUAAAGGUACCAAACGCAAGUUUGAGGAUCACGACAUCGAUCAACUCAGGAACCAGGCCGAAAAGUACCGCGAAGAGAUUGCAGCCCUGCCCAAAGUCAAUCGGAAAGGUUCCGACGAGGAAGCAUUGCAAGUUGACCUCGCCGGGUUAGAACAGCGCCUGAUUUAUGCCAAAAGUGAGCUGGCUGCAUUCAAGCAGAAUCUUGCUAGCAAAAAGAAGGAGCUCGAGCAUGAGAAGAAACAAUUGAAAGAGAUGCAGCCUCGACAUCAUGAGAAGCAGUCCAAUCUCGAGAGCAUAUCCCAAAGAGUUCAGGAAUUUCAAACUGCAGUCUCUAAGGUGCAGGACAAGAUUUUCUCUGAUUUCUGCAAACGAUUGGGCUACUCAGAUAUUCGGGCUUACGAAGCACAACAAGGCAGUCUAGAGCAGGAGGCUGCAGAGAAGCGCAAUGCGUUUGAAGUACAGAAACAGAGACUGGGAAAACAGGCCGAAUGGGAGACCAGCAAGCUCAAGGAUACCGAGUCGCGUGUGCAGAAAUUCCAAGACCGUGUCCAGGCCCUCGAGCUGGACAUUGCAAAUUACACGAAAGAUAAGACAGUUUUGGAGAACGCUAUCGAUAUCGACAGAGCAAAAAUUACCGAGCUGGAAGAUGAAGUGCACUCGUUGAAGGAAAAGCUUGCCAGCAAGAACGAAAAGGUAAAUCAAGCAAAGAACGAACUUCAAAAGCGCAGCAAAGAAAUCGACAUUCGGACGAAGGCUAUCACUCAACUGGAGACGGACGUCCAGCGGACUGGUGCGGGCAGAUAUGCUCUCCUCCGACGAUGCAAGCUCGAACAGAUUGCUAUACCUCUGACGCCUCAAUCGAGAAAGCUCGACACUCUUCCGGUUGACGACAAUGUCUUGCAAACAGACCCCGAUGCAAUGGACGUGGACGAUGGCGAUGAGCCUCCUCAGGAACUGACGAAGGAUUAUGGUAUUGAGGUGGAUUUCGAAGAUCUUGGUGAUGAGCUCAAGCAGCCUGAUGAGGAAGAGGUCGAGGAGCAACUCUUGCAACGAAUUACUGACUUGAAUUCCGAACUCGAGAAGCUCAAUCCGAAUAUGCGCGCAAUUGAUCGACUGGACGGCGUCGAAGCUCGUCUCAAAUCCACUGAAAAGGACUUCGAGGACGCCAGAAAAGCAGCCAAGGAAUCCAAGGAUGCAUUCAACAAAGUGAAGGAGAAGCGAUUUGACCUCUUCAAUAAAGCUUUCUCACACAUCUCCGAACAAAUAUCUCACGUCUACAAAGACCUCACUCGCUCCUCGGCAUUCCCUCUGGGUGGCCAAGCCUACCUGGAUAUCGAAGACAACGAUGCUCCCUACCUCUCCGGCAUCAAAUACCACGCCAUGCCCCCCCUGAAGCGUUUCCGUGACAUGGAGCAUCUCUCUGGUGGAGAGAAGACCAUGGCAGCGCUGGCCCUCUUAUUCGCUGUGCAUUCGUACCAGCCGUCUCCGUUCUUUGUGCUUGACGAGGUUGAUGCUGCUCUUGAUAAUGCCAACGUGGAGAAGAUCAAGAACUACAUUCGUGAGCAUGCUGGCCCGGGUAUGCAGUUCAUCGUUAUUUCUCUGAAGACGGGUCUAUUCCAGGGAAGUGAGAGUUUGGUGGGUGUGUUCAGAGAUCAGGAGGCCAAUAGCUCGAAGACGUUGACGCUUGAUUUGCGCAAGUACGUCUAAGCAGGAAGCAGUGCAUGGUGGGUAUCGGUGCCAAGAGGUAGAGGGCUGUACAUUGCUUACUGGAGGUCGAAGGGAGUGCUUCGACAACCCAAUAACGAGACAUAAUUGAUGGACUGUAAUGAUUAUGAAUUUGGUGGCUAGAUAUUCAAUGAUUACGAAAGAUUACUAGGAGCUGCGAAAAUACGAUUUGGCUUCCUGCCUGAGAACUUCUUAG